CUUCUCAGUCCCCGCCGCCAUUUUGACGAGGAAGGGAAGGAGGAAGAAGAAGGAGGGAAACGAGAAUCCUAUGAAGCUACCUCUUGGGUGCAGUAAGGAAACCAAUAAUACAGGAAGAAGAAGCAAUCUUUUCAAGUUGGUGAUCUUGUUCAAUUCUUGACAUCACUUACAAAGAAGAAAGGAACCAAGAAGAGCCAACUAUCUGUAUUGUAAUUCGGCACCCAUGCCACUGCUGACAUGAAGGGGAAAGCAUUGAAAUGCCUUGAGUGCGGAAAGAGUUUCACUCGGAGGGAUCAUCUCCAGAAUCAUGAAAGGACUCACACUGGGGAGAAACCCUACAAAUGCCUGGAGUGUGGAAAGAGUUUCACUCAGAAGUAUCUACUGCAGCAACAUGAAGGUACUCACACUGGGAAGAAGCCCUAUGAAUGCCUAGAAUGUGGAAAGAGCUUCACUUUUUAUUCAACUCUACAUUCUCAUAAAAAAACUCACACUGGGGAGAAGUCCUAUGAAUGCUUGAAGUGUAGAAAGAGUUUCUUUCGGAGGGAACAUCUCCAGAAUCAUGAAAGGACUCACACUGGGGAGAAACCCUAUAAAUGCAUGGAGUGUGGAAAGGGUUUUGCUCGAAGAGAAUAUCUGAAGAAACAUGAAAUGAUUCACACCGGGGAGAAACCCUAUACAUGCCUGGAGUGUGGAAAGAGCUUCAAUCAGAACCAAAAUCUAUGUGCACAUCAAAGGAUUCAUAAUAUGGAGAAACCAUAUAAAUGCCUAGAGUGUGGAAAGAGCUUCACUCAGAGUUCAGGACUACGUGCGCAUCAAAGGACUCACACUGGAGAGAAACCCAACACAUGUCUGGAGUGUGGGAAGAGUUUCACUCAGAGUGCAAAUCUAUAUUUACAUCAAAGAACUCACAAUAUGGAGAAACCUUAUAUGUGCCUGGAAUGUGGACAGAGCUUCAAUCAGCGUUCAUGUCUACUUUCACAUCAAAUGAAUCACACUGGGGAGAAACCGUAUAAAUGCCUGGAGUGUGGAAAAAGCUUCAAUCGGAGUUCAAGUCUACGUUCACAUCAAAGGACACAUACUGGAGAGAAACCCUACAAAUGCCUUGAGUGUGGACAGAGCUUCACUGUUAAUUCAAGUCUACAUAAACAUCGAAGGAUUCAUACUGGGGAGAAACCCUAUACAUGUCUGGAGUGUGGAAAGAGCUUCCCCCACAAUUCAAAUCUACGUUUUCAUCAAAGAAUCCACACUGGGGAGAAACCUUAUAAAUGCUUUGAGUGUGGAAAGAACUUCACCCAUACUUCAGGUCUACGUAAUCAUCAAAGGACCCACACUGGGGAGAACCCGUAUAAAUGCCUGGAGUGUGGACAGAGCUUCACUCGGAGUUCAGGUCUACGUUCACACCAAAAGACACACUGGUGAGAAACCCUAUAAAAGCCUGGACUGUGAACUGAGCUUCUCUGAGAGUGUAAAUUUAGAUUCGCAUCAAAGGACUCACACUGGGGAGAAACCUUAUACAUGCCUGGUGUGUGGACAAAACUUCACUCAUCAAUCAAGUCUAGGUUCACAUCAAAGAACUCACACUGGGGAGAAACCCUUUAAAAGUCUGGAGUGUGGACACAGCUUCACUCGGAGUUCAGGUCUAGGUUCACAUCAAAGGACUCAUACUGGAGAGAAACCCUACAAGUGCCUUGAGUGUGGACAGAGCUUCACUGUUAAUUCAAGUCUACAUAGACAUCGAAGGACUCARACUGGGGAGAAACCCUAUACAUGUCUACAGUGUGGACAGAACUUCACAAUUAAAUCAAGUCUAGGUUCACAUCAAAGAACUCACACUGGGGAGAAACCCUAUAAGUGCCUGGGGUGUGGACAGAGCUGCACUCAGAGUUCAGGUCUACAUUCACACCAAAAGACACACACUGGGGAGAAACCCUGAAAAUUCCUGGAGUGUGGACUGAGCUUCACUUUGAGUACCGUAUAUUCUGGCGUAUAAGACUACUUUUUAAUCCAAGAAAAUCUUCUCAAAAGUCAGGGGUUAUCCAAUACGCAGGAGUUGUCUUAUACACGGGAGUUGUCUUAUACGCUGGAGUAGUCCUAUGCCUGGGAGUCAUCUUAUAUUUGGGGGUAGUUUUAUACACUGGAAGUCGUCUUAUAGAGUGGAUGCUGAAACUUCCAAUCCGGAUUGGAGAAUCUGUGGUUGCUGCAUAUUGUGGGGAAGCUCAAAAAUGGGAGUGGCUUUGUCCCCGCCGUAUGCAGCGACUGUAUGAAAGCAUAAAGGGCGAUGCUGUACAAGUAUGGUAGAAGAAAAUCCAUUCAUCAGGAUUCGUGGACUUAAUGCGGUCCCGGUGGUGAGGUGAAGGGGCGCCUCACUGGGAAGGUGUAAGUGAAGGGCGGAGCAAGCUGUAGGCAUCCGGGGUGCCUGGUGUAUGGAAAAAAGAGAUAGAGUGGCUCUGGGCCCAGAAAAACACAUCUCUUUUACCUGUCUGGCCCGCCCAUGUAUCCUAUUACAGUACCUCCUCCUCUGCCUCUCAGAUCUCGCACCUGAAAACUGCAGUGAAGUAGUGUGCAUGUGCAAGAUCUGAGAGGAAGAGAAGGAGGUACAGUAAUAGAAAAAUUACCAUAUUGAAAUCAAAUCUGAUGGUUUUAAAAUUUUUAUUUGGUUUGUGUUGGAAGAGGGGUAGUCUUAUAUGGCGAGUAUAUCCCAAACUCUAUAUGUUACCUGGAAAAGUUGARGGUCGUCUUAUGCGCCCAGUCAUCUUAUAUGCUGGAAUAUACGGUAAUUUAUGUUUGCAUCAAAGGAUUCACACUGGGGAGAAACCCUAUUCAUGCCGGCAGUGUGGACAGAACUUCACUCAUCAGUCAAGUCUAGGUUCACAUCAAAGAACUCAUACUGAGGAGAAACCUUAUAAGUGCCUUGAGUGUGGACAGAGCUUCACUCUUAAUUCAAGUCUACAUAGACAUUGAAAGACUCACGCUGGGGAGAAGCCUUAGAAACAUAUGUUGUUUGGAAAGCGCAGUUUGGAAGAUGCCUAGAAUAUCCGAUAACUGCAGCAAGCAGAAUUUAUCCUCAGACUGGAGGAAAUUAUUAUCCCACACAAGAAGAUGACUGAGGAAAAUCCGCGAAUGGUCAGAGAUGGACAAAGUGACUCUGCUGAUUAAAAGGUUAUCUUGGAGAAACUUCAAGAAAGUUUGGGACUUCUUUAUCACUUUUUCGCAACAACAGGGGCAAAUGUCACUUGUCAGGUUUAUGAAUUAGAAGAGUGUUGCCUUUUGAAACCUAAUAAGGAUCCUACAAACCCUGGAUCGUAUAGUCACAUUUUGUUAAUCAACAUGCCAAAAUUUUAACUGCAAUUAUGGCAAAAAUAAUGAAUGUAUAUAUAAAUAUAUCUAUGAAGAUCACUGUGGCUUCAUAUCAGGGAGACCAGAGUCAAAUUUAAUGGGCAGGAUACUAAAUGUAAUUUGUACUCUAAAAAGAAAAAAAAAUGGCAGCAGGUUGUACUAGUUCUGUAUAUGUAAAAGGCUUUUGAUUGUGUCUCUUGGUCUGCCUUAAACCUGGUAUUGGAGAAAUUUGKAUUUAGAGAAAUCUUUAGAGCAGUGGUUCUCUACCCGUGGGUCCCCAGAUGUUUUGGCCUUCAACUCCCAGAAAUCCUAACAGC